AUGUCCGAGCUGUGCUGCAUCUGUCUGGACGAGUCCACCCGCCCGGCGUCCCUCCCCUGUGGACACGCCUUCUGUCUGGCCUGUGUAGGAGAAUACUGGAGGAUCAGUGGCUCCUGUCAGUGCCCCCUCUGCAAGGCCUGCUUCCCCACCAGACCCCAGCUCCAGACACACCCCCCCACACAGAGCCAGGUCGGGGCCGCACCUUUAAAAGCCGGCGAGGUUCCCUGUGACCUCUGCCCCGGGCGGCGUCCAGCCGUCAAGUCCUGCCUGGUGUGUCUGGCCUCGUACUGCGACGCCCACCUGGAGCUGCACUACCAGAGCGAGGCCCUCGGGCGCCAUCUUCUGAUCGGUGUGGUGAAGAACCUGGAGGACCCUGUGUGCAGAGUGCACGGGAAGCCGCUGGACAGGUUCUGCAGGAGCGACCGGACAUGCGUCUGUGCCAUGUGUUCCCAGAGAGAACACAGGGGCCAUCACAUCCUCCCUGUGCACAGAGAGGCCGCCAAGCAGAGGGUUCAAUUAAAGCGGAUGAGGAUGAAACUGCAGCAGGUUAUUCAGGAGAGACUGAGUCAGGUUGAGAAUCUGAAGGAGACACAAAGCAAAGAGCUCGUCCAACAGCUGGAGGCAGAAAUCUGUGAUCUGCAGAGGAGACACACUGAGCUGGAGCAGCUGGAGCAGACUGAGGACGACCUCCGCUUCCUGCAGGUCCGAGUCUCAAGGUCAGAGGUCACACUCAGCACUCGUAUUGAGAUUUCUCCUCACAUCCUAACGACCUGAGGGAACCUGUGGACCUUUCUCCGUACAGACCCCUGGAACCAAGUUUGCUCUGAUAUUCUGAUGUGAAAAUAUCAGAUGAUCGAGUCCAGCACAAACCAGGAAGCCGGG